CACCAAAUCACUCUCUCUCUCUCUCUCUCUCUCUCUCUCUGUCUUAUUUAUUUAUUUAUUUUGUUUCUUUUUGCUCUUAAAACUCCUAAUAUUGUUCAAGCUUGCACUACUGAAAGGUGCCUCGAAACGCUCCGUUUCCCGUUUUAUCAGUUUUUGGUUAGAUGUGGUGUUGUUCGUGCUUUUUACGUGACUUUUUCAUAUAAGUCAAUGAGUUUGAGGGAUCAGGUUUCUGUCAUACUAGUCUCACGUCCCUUAAUUAAAGGUUGAGAUCUGUACCAUUACUUUGGUGUUUAAGCGGGACCGAUUGAUGAAAACACCAUCUGAUUUUUCUGACUAAAAGGGGAGGAUGGCGGUGCACAGGUGGAAAUUGGUUGGAGAACUUCAAAUUUUUUUAAGCUUGAUAAUUUUUGCCAAGCAAAAUACUUGUAGCUACAGCAACUUGUGCAAACGGAUCCAUGGCCUUGGAGCAAUACUUUGCCCGGGAAUGGAAGUCCAUUACGGGUGCAGCAACUGGUUCAGACAAUUAUAAUGGUUGCUUUGACUGCAAUAUCUGCUUGGACUUUGCAUAUGAGCCGGUGGUCACCUUAUGUGGCCAUCUCUACUGCUGGCCCUGCAUUUACAAGUGGCUCCAUGUUCAGAGUGCCUCCCUUUCUUCUGAUGAACACCCACAAUGCCCAGUAUGCAAGGCUGACAUAUCACACACGCAAAUGGUUCCCCUCUAUGGUAGGGGUCAAUCUCCAACUGAAUCUGAGGUUCCAGGCAAGGCAAGCAUUCGCAGCACUGCAAUCCCCCCCAGACCACCAGCUUGUGGCAACCAAGCUAUUCAAUCUCUCACAUCAAACUCUGUUCAACAGCUUCCAUAUCGUAAUCCUUACCAAAAUCAACACUAUAAUCCUUAUCCGGACAGCAGUUUAGAAGAGGAUUCUUCCUCACUUCUUAAUCUUGGGGGCUCCGGAAUGACUGGAUUUCAUCAUCCAGUAGUCGGUAUGUUCGGGGAGAUGGUUUACACAAGGGUUUUCGGAAAUUCAGAAAGCUUAUACACAUAUCCCAACUCCAAUUACCUAGUUGGUAGUAGUAACCCAAGGUUGAGAAGGCAAGAGAUGCAGGCGGACAAGUCACUAAACAGAAUUUCAAUCUUCCUUUUCUGCUGCUUUCUUCUGUGCCUUGUUGUAUUUUGAAUAUAGUUAAGUAGAUUGCCCUCUUCCUUUUUGUAUACUUUGUAAAGAGAGUUAAGAGACCGAUGUAAGCUUAUUAAAAUGGUAGGUUAGAUACAUUAUAUAUAUAAAAGUUAAUAAUAGAGAAAUUUGCUGAAAA